GAGAGGGCUUAGGUCGAUCCUGCACGGAACACCCAUCCCCCCCUCCCUGCAGCUUCCUUGCCCUUUUUCGCGGGUUGGGAUCUCCUCUCCGCCCCAGCCAUGUCGCAGCUCCAGACGCGCUUCUUCACAGAUAACAAAAAAUACGCAGUAGACAAUGUUCCCUUCUCUAUCCCUGCCGCCUCUGAAAUCUCUAAUCUUAGUAACAUUAUCAAUAAAUUAUUGGAAGCCAAAAAUGGAGUCCACAAGUAUGUGGAAUUUGAUUUCCUCAUUAAGGGCCAGUUCCUGCGAAUGCCCUUGAUUAAGCAUAUGGAACUAGAAAACAUCUCAACAGAAGAAGUAGUGGAAAUUGAGUAUGUGGAGAAAUAUACUGCACCUCAGCCUGAAGAAUGUAUAGUCCAUGACGACUGGAUCAGUUCAAUUGAAGGAACAGAGGAAUGGAUCUUGACUGGCUCCUAUGACAAGACUUCUCGGAUCUGGUCAAUAGAAGGAAAGCCUCUCAUGACAAUUGCUGGCCAUAAAGAGGUGGUGAAAGAUGUUGCCUGGGUGAAGAAAGACAGUUCGUCGUGCCUGCUUCUUAGUGCCUCUAUGGAUCAGACUAUCCUGCUGUGGGAGUGGAACGUGGAGAGGAACAAAGUGAAGGCGCUCCAUUGCUGUCGAGGCCACGCUGAGAGUGUGGAAUCGGUAGCUGUUAACAGCCCAGGGACUCAGUUUUGCAGCGGCUCUUGGGAUAAGAUGUUAAAGAUCUGGUCUGCCGUUCCCACAAAUGAAGAAGAUGAAAUAGAAGAUUCUACAGACAGGCCUAGAAAGAAACAGAAAACAGAGCAACUGGGAUUAACACGGACUCCUAUAGUGACACUGUCUGGCCAUAAUGAUGCCAUUUUCUCAGUGCUUUGGUCAGAUGCUAAUGAAAUUUGCAGUGCAUCAUGGGACCACACAAUUCGAGUGUGGGAUGUGGAGUCUGGCAGUACUAAGUCAACCUUGACUGGGAAUAAAGCAUUUAACUGUAUCUCCUAUUCUCCACUUUGUAAACGUUUAGCAUCUGGGAACUCUGAUAGACAUAUCAGGCUGUGGGAUCCCCGAACUAAAGAUGGUUCUUUGGUGUUACUAUCCUUAACUUCUCAUAAUAAUUGGGUGACAUCAGUGAAAUGGUCUCCCUCACAUGAACAACAGCUGAUUUCCGGUUCCUUUGAUAACAUGGUCAAGCUUUGGGAUACAAGAAGUUGCAAGGCCCCCCUCUACGAUAUGUCUGCUCAUGAAGAUAAAGUUCUUUGUGUUGAUUGGACAGAAGCUGGGCUGCUGUUGAGUGGAGGAGCUGACAAUAAACUCUACACUUACAGAUAUUCAGUCACUGCUUCAGAUGCAUGAAAAUGGAUGAUUCAACAUCAGAGAUUAUCUAUUAGUAUGUAAAACUUUAUAGAAAAUAAUUGAUUAUAUGGCACAGAUCUGAAGAUCAUUCUCAGCCAGCCUUUUACAACUAAUGUAACAUGAUAUUUGACUGUCAGAAUAGUCAUAUUUCAUUGUUUUAUUUUUUCCAUUUUUCCCUUGUAUUUAUAAUAUGCAAAUCUAGAUAUUUAUAACAAGUAAAAUGCGAGCAGCUGUCUUCAUUGCUAUGUUCAGAACUUCUUGAAAUUAUGUUUUGUUCUUUCACAGAUAGUUUGGCAUUGAAUAACAAAAAAGGAUCAGAAAGUUUUUUAAUAAAUAUAAAGGAAUUGA